GGAUCUUAGCAGUAAUCAGCUCUCAGACGUGAUCCCUACUUCAAUUGGCUCACUUUCGUCUGUAACAUUCCUCACCCUGGCCAGUAACCAGCUCAACGGAUCUAUCCCUUCCACCAUUGGCUCGCUCACGAAGCUGGUUUUUAUGGAUCUUUCAGGCAACUCUCUUUCAGAAAGCAUCCCUGCCAGUAUUAGUGCUCUCUCUAGGCUCACUGUCCUGUAUCUUAAUGGCAAUUUUCUUUCUGGCGCCAUCCCUUCUCAGAUUGGUUCGUUAACGAAACUUUCGGAAUUAUAUCUGUACAGCAACAGCCUCACGGAACCCUUGCCUACAAGCAUUGGCUCGCUCACAGGAUUGUCAAUUCUAUCUCUUUAUUACAACCAGAUCUCUGGACCCAUCCCUGCCUCCAUCGGCUCCCUCACCAAACUUACAUUUCUGGGCCUAUAUUUUAACAGCUUUUCGGGCCAGAUCCCUUCCACCAUGUCCUUGCUGAAAAAUCUCAACACCCU